CUGUGCUCGUCGUUGUCGAAAGAACAAAUAAUACCGACGGCGUUCUGGGCGGGCCUUUCUGCUACACAUAUUCGACACAGACCGUGAUCUUCGGGUCUGUCAUUUUCGCCUCUUUCCCAUUUUCUUUUCCCUUCACCAAACCAGACUGCCCAGCAUGAUCUGCUCCUCUUGCCGGCGCAGCUUUCUCACCCGACUGCGGUCCGUCCACGUACAACCACAACACUCACUGUACACACCACAACUCUCCUCGAUACGUUCCGUGGCAACGGUAGCUUCGACUCCGAACGCAGCACCUCCUCAAGCCCCGUCAUCGAUUUCCAUAGACGGCGCCAGCAACCCGACACAGUCCUCCAACACAGCCGGCAGAUCCCAGCCGCUGUCCGAACCGCACACGCCCUCUACGUCGAGCGCAAAGUCCGGGACAGGACCAUCGUCGACGCAAGGGGUGGCGUCCAAGAAGCCCGCGAGACCCAAAAGUUCUGUUGCUGGCGGCGCGGAGCUCAAGGGUCUCGGGUACACCAAGGCCCAACCGAAGAUCAUGGCACUGGAAGACGACGAGUACCCGGACUGGUUGUGGACACUGCUGGACGACAAGAAGAUGGCUCCAGGUGAAACGGUCGAUGUGUCAGCAAUGACCAAGAAGCAAAGGGCCCGGUACGAAAAGAAACAAGCCCGCCUUCUCGAGUCCAUUCCCAAGACCAUCCCCGUACACGAACAGAGCAAAGACAUCACGGGCCCCGAAGACGAUGCCGUGACGAGUCUUGAGCGACGGCACGAGAUUACAAAAUCCGCCCGCGCCGCUCGAAGAAGGGGGAUCCGGGAGAGCAACUUUUUGAAAUCAAUGUAACAUUAUUGUUGUUAGCAUAUUAUUCAUCUUUUGUUGUAUCAUCUCUCGGGAAGCACUACUUGAUCAUCGAACGGCCUCUUUUUCGAAAUCGCCUCUUUGUGUAGGGUGCACCGAAGUUGUGGCGCCGGCAUGGCACGGGGAUCAUUGGAAAGAUGGAGAAAAUGGAUGGUGCAUAGUAAAGGAGAAAUGAAAGAGGUUGUGAGGCAAAAGCGCCCACCCCCGAGUGCAGACAGAAGGAGAGCAAAGGGGACUUUGCACCAAAUCCUAGCUCAAUGCAUGACCGAGAACCCAAAGCAUACAAGUCCUCACCGCGCUCGUUCUUGAAGACUCGAGAAGUACACGGAAGUUUAUCCCAUCGUGUAUUGAGGCCCUGACUUGAAAAUCAUACGUAAAUCAAACGAGAGAAAGGGCUCAGUCAAC